AUGGAAAAAAAAAAAAAGCUGCGAGAGUUUACGGAUUUUCUCGCGAGAGUGACGGGCGUGGAGACGGGAGGGUAGAGGUAGGCUGUCUAGAUUUGAGUUUGUCUUCCUCUGAGAAAGCAGGGUCAUUUUGCGAGGAAAGAAGGCGUUCAAUGAGAAGUAAGAAAGCUGGAUGUGCGAGUGUGGGGGGUGAAGCUCCGGAAAGCCGCUUUAAUGUGAGCAUGGGCGGCGUUUUCCGCCUGUGGUCUUCCCGAGGUAGGAAACAGCUUCCAUAUGUGGGGAGAGAGAUCGGACUGUUCAUGCAAACUCAGGCACCAAGUCCAGUGCAUGCAUAAAACAGUAUUUUGUUCUUUAAAUAUAAUCUCCACUCGUGUUUUCCCCACGAAUAUCACCGAGAUGCGGUGGAGCGACCCGUGACCCCCUGAAGCGAUACUCCCCUCCUGGGCCAGCAGGUCGGGUCAGUCAGUCCACUUUCGGAGGAACAACAAAGAGAAAUCACCCCAUGCAUGGACAUCAAACCACCGGAAAUUAAAUACAAUGUGAAGAGAGGGCGUGGAAGAGGCACAGGCCAAAUUCCACAGUGAUGGGACACGACAUGCGGGUUUAGGUCACUUCUCGAUGCCCUGUCUCCCUCGGUCCCUCCUUUUGUGUUCACCGACAUGGAUAAACUCACGGUGAUAUCAGGAUGUCUCUUUCUAGCUGCGGACAUCUUCGCCAUCGCCAGCGUUGCCAACCCGGACUGGAUCAACAUCGGAGAAUCAGGCGGCUCUUUGACUUUGGGUCUCGUCCGGCAGUGCCAGACCAUCCAUGGCCGAGAUCGGACCUGCACCCCCCCACGGCUGCCGGGAGAAUGGAUCACCGUGCUGCUCUUCAUCAUCCUGGGCAUCAUCUCCCUUACAGUCACCUGCGGUCUUGUUGUGAUGUCACACUGGCACCGAGAGGCCAGCAGAUAUGCCCGAUGGAUCGCCUUCACGGGGAUGAUCCUGUUCUGUAUGGCUGCGUUCAUUUUCCCAAUUGGAUUCUACAUCAACGAGGUUGGAGGACAGCCAUAUAAGCUGCCCAACAACACAGUGGUGGGCUCCUCCUACGUACUCUUCAUUCUGUCAAUAUUCUUCACCAUAGUGGGACUGCUGUUUGCCGGAAAGGUGUGCCUGCCCGGCUGACAAACUCACGUUCUCUUUUUAAACGCAUAAAAAACCGCUACCACUGGAAGCCAACGUCGUUAGAACGAACUCUCCUGCGGCAGAGCUGGAAGCGUCGCUGAAAGCUGAGAAGUACUUGUCUUUCCCUCGCCGACGAAUUGUCGCAACCGGAGCCAAAACCGCUGCAGUCCAUCUGUGCAUGUGUUUGUUCAGAGGCCGAGCAGGUGCAAGGAGCUCUGAAACGGCCCUCCUUGUUUUCCUUCGUGAACAAGACGCAGGGCAGUGAACAGAAAACAGAUUAUAAAAUGGCAAAAGUGACAUGUGAGCUUUCGAGGAAUUUAAGGGGGCAUUGUGAACGUCUGAGCUGUCAUCCUAAAAAUUCACGACAGGCGACGGAGAGCUGUUGUUCUUCUCAUCUGAACCAUCAGGGACGAUUUGCACAUGUCAGGCCUGAUAGCAGUCUGAGGCCCUGAUAUUGGCCAGUCAACCUCUGUAUGAUGUCUGUUCUUCCCCCAAGCACUGCUACAAAAUAAUAUAAGCUGCAUUACUUUUAUUUAUAUGAUAGAUUUGGAAGUGUAUGUUUUAAAAGGCCAGCUUCUCUGCCAGUGCUAUGUCAAGUGGAUCAUAUUGCCUUGAGGAUGGUUUACUGCAAUGGAAUAAAUAUAAAGUUCAUGAUACAAGAAGUCAUAAAAAUGCUAUUUCUGAGUGGAAUGUAAAAUGGGCUAUUAGCAACAGCUGCCCAAAGUUUGUAAUGCUUGAGUCUGUGAAAUGUGUCCGCACUGAAGGAAGAGGAGCUGUUGAAAAAAUGUCAGAGUUUUAAGCUUUUAACAUUGUGAAUAAUCAGUGAGGAAAAGGUCAAGCCUGGUGUGGUUCUCUGUUAGUUUUACUAAUCUUAUUGAUGUAGUAAACUGAUUUUUCACCUUUUUUUUUUUUUUAAAAGAAUAUUUUAUGGAUUAAACAGUGCAAAGAAUGAUAGAAUCAUCGACUUGUUUUAUUCAUCUGUAAUGCUGAUGCCUGUGUGUGUGUCUGUGCCUUUUUUUUUUUCAAAUCACUGAUGUUUGUAAUUGUGCAUGGAAAGUGUCAUCGCAUUAAAAUUAUGACAAGGGAAUACCCAUUCCUUUUAUUUUUCAUGCUUUUUCUCAAAAUAAUGCUGUGUGCAUCUAUGAUGUUUGAACCACACACACAGUGUCUGUAGUAAGAGCAAUCAAGGUCACACUUGAACUUGUAGUGUGUGUUUAUACAAUUGUCCUCAAUGUCAACCAUUACCAUACUAAAUAUCUACACUCAACACUUUGUUAGGUACACUCUCAUUAAACAGCUGAUUAAUCUAGCCAAUCAUGUGGGAGCAAUUCUGUGCACAUAUAGGUGUCGUUCAGGCAGACUGCUUCAAGAUGUUGAACACUAACUCACAAAUAACCAGUCAUUACAGUCAAGAUAUGAAGAACAGCUCAAUUCAGUUCUGUUCUAUUCAUAUGCUGCUAAUUCACUGUAAUAGUCCCCUCAAUGUAUAUUUAUUGUAAGAUAAAGACCCUAAAAUAUUAGAGAGAAACCCCAGUUAGCAGUUAGCCUGAAGGCAGCACAUCACAUAUGAAGCACAACCAGAGGAGCGUUUAUCUUUUUCCUUGGGACUCCCUUUGAGCAACUCAGUGAUAGUGGGAAGGUAAAACUCCUUGGCAGGAAGAAACCUCCGGGGGAACCAAGCUCAGGGAGGGGCAGCGAUCUGCCGUGACCGGUUGGGUGGUGACAGAAGACAGCCAGAGUUCAAUAAUUGCUCAUGAUUAAAUACAAAGUGGUGUAAAAAGAGGUGAGUGAAGAAAUAAUGCUAAGUGCAUUACGCUGAGCACCCCUCAGCAGCCAAGGCCUAUUGCUGCAUAACUAACAGAGGAUUCAGGUUCACCUGAUUUAGGCCUAACGAAUCAACAUCAUCAU